CCUCGGCCCCGGCCCUGGAGGUCCAGCCUCAGGCACAAUGCUGCCCAGCUCCAUCCAGAUAUCGGGGGAGCCGCUGUCAGGCGCCGAGGUGCGGGACAUCUGCCGCGGCCUGCGCGACAACGCUGUGCGCCUGCUUUCACUGCGCGGGUGCCGACUCUGCGACCGGGACUUCGGCCGCAUCUGCCGGGCCCUGGCCGGGGCCACGUCCCUGGCGCAGCUGAACCUUAACCUGGGCGUCGUGUCCAGCCCCAGCCGCAUCAAGCAGCUGGCAGAGGCUCUGCGGACCAACCGCUCCAUCCAGUCCCUUUUCCUGCAUGGGAGCCCCCUGACAGAUGCUGGGCUGGCCUUGCUGAACCCAGCUUUGGCCCUCCACCCAGCCCUUGUGGCUCUGGACCUGGGGGACUGCAUGCUGGGUGACGAAGCCAUCAACCUCAUCUGUGGCCUACUCCCCCCGGAUGGGGCCAAGUCUGGCUUGAAGGAGUUGACGCUGAGUGCCAAUCCUGGCAUCACCCCCAAGGGCUGGAGCCGCCUUGCCAUUGCUGUGGCCCACAGCUCCCAGGUUCGCGUCCUCAACCUGGACUACAACCCCCUGGGUGACCACGUGGCAGGGAUGCUGGCUGUAGCUGUGGCCUCCAGCCGCACCCUGGAGGUCCUAGACUUGGAGGGCACAGGGCUUACCAACCAGUCAGCUCAGACUCUGCUGGACAUGGUAGAGAACUACCCCACAGCUUUGCGGAGCCUGGUGUUGGCUGAGAACAGUAUUAGCCCAGAGCUGCAGCAGCAGAUCUGUGACCUCCUCUCUGAGGGGGAGGAAGAGGAGGAGGUGGCAGCAGGGGCUAGCGACACCCGGGAGCGGGAGAGAGGGAAGGAGCCUGCUGCCCACCAGAGGGGCAGCAGCUCCUGGAUGUGCCCCAGUGAUCCCAGCUCUCAGAUGGUGUUAAUGACGUCAGGACUAGGGGACAGUCUGUUGGCAGAGACGGAGAUGUGACCCUCCACUUGGGCUUCCACGCAUCAUUACAUUUGUCUGUGUCUCCAGCACCUUGCCCCAGAUACCAGGGUCUGGUCCUGGGGCUCGGGAGGGAGCACAGCGGGUGGUGCCUGGGGCUCUGGCAGCUCUGGUUGCGUUGUGGGAGGCUCUGGAAGCUGUGACUGGGCAACAGCCUAGGAGCGCAAUUAAACCCAGGGCAAUGCCUCUAGACUUGUUAGCAGCUCUGGCUGCAGCCCGCUGGUUCGGAAGAAAUUUUAUGAACUCCACAACCUGGUGUGUGGCUGUGGUCACUUGGGACUGGCAGGAGGGGAGGAAAACUGGAAUUACCACAAAGCACCACUAGGGGGCAGUGCCAUCCAAUCUCAGGGCAGUGUCCACAAGUCCCAAAUCUUUCAAACAGGCCUGGCCCAGGCCUCAGGGCCCUAGGACCUUGGGUUCUGGGAUGACACCUUACACACCUCCAGAGCUGGCCUGGACCCUCCCUCCAAGAGGGCUCAGGGGCCCCACCAAGGUUACUAGAGGUGCACCCUCUCCCACCGCCUGAUGCUUUGUGUCCAAAGAAGCCCCAGGCAGGUGGAAAAAAGGGGAGCCACUAGCAAAAACUAGGAUGAGGGUCCCCUGGAAACACUCAAGCAUGAGGAGAAGAGUGGGAGGCCAUUAAUGUAUAAAUUAGGCAAUACCAGUAAAAUAGUUUAUU